UAUAAAACGUUCAAACGUUUGCGCAAAAUUAAAAGAAUCGUCUGGAUCUAAAUUAGUUGUAAUUUUUGUAUCAUAGCAGAAUUUUAAAAAUUGCUUGUCAAAGACCAAACUGACAAUUUAUGGCAGACAAUAUUAUCAAGUCAUAAGCACUGAUAUUUAUUGCCCUUCAAGUGCAAUGAGUGGUCUCCAUUGACAAUGUGUGCUAAUAACGUAGUAAGAAGAAGAGAGCUACAUAUAUAAACAAACUUAGAUUAACGGACGGAAUGUCGAGCACCGGUCGUGUUUUUACUGAAGCGGAAAAAGCGCGCAUGGAGCGCAACCGCAUCAAGGCUCUUCACCUUAGACAAGCUAAAUUAGUUGCACACCCCUAUCAAAAAAAAAAUGUUAACUCGGCAGACGGCGAAGAAUCUGUAAUUAAAGUACAAGGCACAAAAUAUAUUGACAGUGGUGGAGGCUUUUUGUUAGAGCAACCGGUUAUUUCAACUAAUGGGCAGGCCAUCACGGCAGGAAAGGAAAUAAGUGAUUCUAAUACCGAAGCCGCAAAAGUUUUAAAUGAUGCCCUUUCCAUACCAGUCACCUUUGAGGAAUGUCUAGAUUGUGGAGAUGCCUUCGUUGAAUCGUAUCUAUUCAGCAACUUUGGUCAUGCUGUUUGUGACAAAUGCCGUGACCAGGAUGGGCGUCAUGCAUUAAUCACCCGGACUGAGGCUAAAGCAGAGUAUUUGUUGAAGGAUUGCGAUUUUGAUCGACGUGAACCCCCCUUGCGCUAUAUUAGCCGAAAGAAUCCGCAUAAUGUACGAUGGGGCGAAAUGAAACUUUACCUUUUGUUGCAAGUCGAGAGACGUGCAAUGGAAGUUUGGGGAAGCGAAGAGGAGCUGAGUCGCCAACACGAAUUGCUUGAGGAAAAACGUGAGGUGACAAAGGUGAAGAAGUACAACAAACAAAUGAAGCAGUUACGCAUGGAAAUGCGAAGUAGCUUGUUUACGAAAGAAACCAAGUCAACGCAUGAACAUGAAUUUGGAGCCGACACUUACAACGAAGAAGAUGAUAACUACACGCACACAUGUCUAAAAUGUCCCUACACUGAAACCUAUGAAAAAAUGUAACUCCAAUACAAUACCUCAAUGCAAUCAUUUGGGAAUCCAUACAAUGAGGCACAGGUUUAUAUGCAGGACAUUUUCUAAGACCAUAAAAUAUUGAAGUGUGUGAUAACGCGACGAUAUAUGUAUUCCACAAAACAUGGAUUCUACCCAUGCAGCAAUUUGUGUAAUUUUAAUUUACAUUCAUCAGAGAAGUCAACUGUUGUUUAACUAACUAUUUGAAUAACCUUAGUAGGCUGAUCUACAAUAAGCGGCUAUAUAAGGCUUCUUAACAUGUGUUAGCACUUAAGUAUUACAAAAAAAAAAAAAUAUCU